AUGCUGGUGCAGUACGGUACGGCUGGGUCUCGCAACGGUGGCAGCAGUACAAUGAACGAGUAUCACCACGGCUACCACGGUUACGCGCCGCAACCUUACGAAGCGCCGAGCCACGGCCACGGUGGUCCCGUCGGCACCGGUAAUAAUCUGCUUGAGGCCCUUGGCCGCCAUGGGCCAGCCUGCGGAACAGGUAGCACAAACAGCCACAACCCUUCUAACGCUAGCACGUACAAAAUGUCUCGUAACGUUUCCAACUCACAUCCGGCGCUGGAACGAUCCGACGUACACGUGGAAUACGAAGUCGCCGUCCCGAUCCACAGCAUCGAGUCGAUCCGCCACACGCCCUAUCAUUCGCUAUGGAACCUGCACGAAUGCUCAGCGCCAUCGACGUCUGGCUUCCAGCACAUGGCCCGUAUGAUGGACACCCUGAUCCUGGAUAAUUUGGCACCGUUCGCCUUCACGAAAAUCACCACCACGCACAGGCCGACGCGAAUCAGCGGAGGCGGGUCUGGCAGUGGAGGCAGCGGAAUUGCCGGUGGUGGAAGUAGCGGUGGUGGAGGGUCCGGGGGUAUCAUCGACGCCCGGACGUCCCACGUCGGAGGUCUAGCCCAGGAGGGUUUGCUGCGUGGAGGACCAGGGACCAGUAUGGGAGUGAAGAAGGCAACCAGCACGAGCAACGUCAGCAACCUGGUUGGAGGCGGCACAGUCAGCACCUCGACGAUCCGUGUCAACCUGCAGAAGAACAAAAUACCGACACAAGGUCAGUGCGGUCCGCUACACGGUGGGGUGCACCCAAACCCGCGUCAUGCAAACCUGGCCUCGAAUGCGUCCUCACCCCCGACGGCGACGGAUUCACGCUGGAUCUCGUCUCUUCGCCGGCGUGAUCCGGAAUUGCAACCGACACUGCCCUCAAUCAACCACUCCAACCACCAUAGUACCUCAUCGCUGACGCAGCAACACAGCAUCGGCUAUACGAGCUCCUCGAACACACCGAACACGGAUCGGCGGAGCAGUCGUACCAGCGGCCAGAAAUCGUCCUUGCGCAAGAGCCGCUCGGUCGAGCGGAUUCGGGCGCGUAAGCUGGCCACUUCGAAGAUCAAGGAACGACCCAAGAAGUCCUCAUCCGAGGAGGGUGGAGGCUCCGACGACCAGGAGGUCACUUCGGUGGAAGAGAACUCGCCACAGCAGCAACACUCGCCAGUGAAGCGCCUCGAGAAGACGAAACUGUUCAAUCCGAUCGGCUACGAGCCGCACCUGAUCGACACGCUCGAGAAGGAUAUGCUACAAAAGAACCCAAACGUGCAGUGGAACGACGUGGCGGGCUUGAAUGAAGCCAAGGCCAUCCUACAGGAGGCAGUCGUGUUGCCGGUGAUCCUACCCGACUUCUUCCGUGGCAUACGCCGCCCGUGGAAGGGCGUACUGAUGGUUGGUCCGCCCGGAACCGGCAAGACGAUGUUGGCAAAAGCCGUGGCCACCGAAUGUGGCACUACGUUUUUCAACGUGUCCUCGAGCACGCUUACGUCCAAAUACCGGGGCGAAAGCGAGAAGCUGGUACGACUCUUGUUCGAGAUGGCGCGUUUCUACGCACCCAGCACGAUAUUCAUCGACGAGAUCGACUCACUGUGUGCCUGCCGGGGCAGUGACUCCGAGCAUGAAGCGAGCCGUCGCUUUAAAGCGGAGUUGUUGAUUCAGAUGGAUGGUCUCAACGCGGCCAACGAUGAUAAAGUCAUCAUGGUGCUGGCUGCCACGAACCACCCGUGGGACAUCGAUGAAGCGUUCCGGCGCCGGUUCGAGAAGCGCGUCUACAUUGGUCUUCCUAAUGACAACACUCGCAAGGCGUUGCUGGAGCUCUGUCUGAAGGGCGUGAACAUCUCGCCGGACCUGAACACGGACACAAUCACCGAACAACUCAGCGGCUACACCGGCUCGGACAUAGCGAACGUGUGUCGUGAUGCGGCAAUGAUGGCGAUGAGGCGGCACAUCAACGGAUUGAGCCCGUCGGAGAUCAAGAUGAUACGCCGGGAGGAGGUCGACCUGCCGGUCACUGCCCAGGACUUCCAGGAUGCGAUGGUGAAGACGCGCAAGUCCGUCUCGGCGAACGACGUCGCGCGUUACGAAACCUGGAUGGACGAGUACGGAUCGUGCUAGUGUUACAUCUAGACCGGGACCGCCGAAUAGGCCUUAAACCAAAACAGAUCGUGACGGAUGCUCAAACCUCAGUCUCAUGCCUUUGCGCAAGAGCCCUCGAUCGAGACGCAUGAUCAAGGGCAACGGCCCUUAAAAUAAAAGUGUUUCACGUGUUUCAUACGCUUCUAGUCCAAGUGGGCGAAUCAGCAUUCCAAGACCAUCAACCUGACCACGCUUUGUGUAACAAGGAGAAUCUGUAGCUAUCGGAUGCUUGCCCGAGAUCCCUUCAUUUCGGUUCCUCAACUAAUCACAUUAUGUACGCAAUUUCAUUGUUCCUUUCGUACGAAUAGUGCAAUAAA